AGGAGAACGAGUUGAUGCUCUACCGCAUGUUCUGUUCCAGAAGUACAUAGCCUAUGCGCAGAAGAAGAUUAAAGUGCGUCUGGCGGAGGAUGCUGGCCAGCUGCUGAAGGAAUUCUACCUGGAAUUGAGGCGAACACGCGUGGGGAGUCAAUGUAUUCCGGUGACAGUGAGGCAGAUGGAAGCUCUAGUGAGGAUGACUAUUGCUCGUGCCAGGAUUGAUCUGUCUGAAGUGGCUGGAAUCCAGCAUGCUCAGGAGGUGAUUGAACUGAUGAAGGAGAGCAUGGUGGGUGUCCUAAGUCCCGACGGUGGAGACACUCUUGAUUGGCAACGUGGAAUAAAUGGUUCGGGAAUGAGCAAAUCUUCUCAGGCAAAACUCUUCCUGGCUGAAAUUCGUAAUAGGGCUGAACAGAAGCGAAAGAGUGAAUUUCACCUGGACGAAUUUACAGCUAUUGCCGAUAGACUUGGAAUCAAGAAUGUCCUGAGUGAUCUGAUAGACUCCCUGAAUCUGCAAGGAUACAUCAUCAAACGGGGAAAUGGAUUCUACAAAAUCCUCUAAAGUCAUAUAUAGACACAUUAAUUUAUUUAUUACAAUUUUAUUAUAAAUUGUUUAUUUACAAAAUGCUCAGCUAAAGCUACAAGUGAUGCUGUGUCUCACACAAAAAUCACAUUUACCCCUUUGGACAAUUAAUUGAAGGAUUUCUUAUUUUUUCGAGGAAGGUGGCUGAUGGACAAAAGAGAUUAUCAAGAAUACUCUUCUGCCAAAGGAAAUGGAUACGACUUCUUCAGGCUUCUGCCAACUCGAAAGAUGAGACUGGAAUUUCUGCUACCACAUCUAAACUGAAUGAAGUUUGCCACAAGUACCUUCGAUAUAUCGUAGACACUGCAUGAAAAAGACAUCGAAUAUCGGAAAACAUCGCAAAAUGGCUACUGCACCGUAAAAUCAUAUUGCGUUUUUUUCUCCAACACGAAGAAAUUGUGCUGAAAAGUGGUGAAAAUCAUUGGGAAAAGUGUGAAAAAGCAGUGUCUGAGUAAUCUUUAGGUAUCAAAGUGUGUCACGAAAGUAUUAUUUGUCGUGCUGUUGAAGUGCAAUACGGUGAAAAUUGCCCAGGAAAUUUCUGUGUGUUCCCCUUUCCACUCUGUGCUGUGAAAGAAGAAGGUUUUUUUUGUGUGCGACGCAAAAGUUGUCUCUCUUAUUUUUUUUUUCGUGGGUGAACGCACGGAAAAAGGGUCGUUGGAAAUUUUGUAGAAAAAAAAAGAGAAAAGUAUCCCCCCGGGACACUUUUGAUCCCAAAAAACCACCUGCCCAUCUUCUGUUGAUGUAUUUGCGAAGUACUCUUGAGCUGGGUGCUGAUAUUUGUCCAUUUGUGAGAUUGUCCGGGAAACUAUGAGCAGUCAACCGAGUCCGGCUCCACAUUCAGCUGAAACCGAAAAGGUGUUUCACUGGAUCAAUGAGCUGUCCAAUCCGGAGACUAGGGAGAAUGCUUUGCUGGAGCUGAGCAAGAAGCGAGAGAGUGUGCCAGAUUUAGCACCAAUGCUUUGGCAUAGUUUUGGCACAACUGCUGCCCUGCUCCAGGAAAUCAUCAAUAUCUACCCUUCUAUUCAUCCGGCCACACUCACUGCCCACCAAUCCAAUCGUGUAUGCAAUGCCCUCGCUCUCCUGCAGUGUGUCGCUUCCCAUCCUGAGACACGAUCAGUGUUCCUGCAAGCCAAUAUACCUCUGUUCCUCUAUCCUUUCUUGCACACUACCUCCAAGACCAGGCCCUUUGAGUACUUGCGCCUGACGAGCCUUGGAGUUAUUGGGGCACUCGUAAAGACUGAUGAACAGGAGGUUAUCACAUUUUUGCUCAGUACUGAAAUCAUUCCGUUGUGCCUGCGAAUAAUGGAAUCGGGUUCUGAGUUGAGCAAAACUGUGGCAACAUUUAUACUGCAGAAGAUCCUCCUCGAUGAUAGUGGUUUGUCUUACAUAUGUCAGACAUAUGAUAGAUUUUCUCAUGUAGCAAUAAUAUUGGGAAAGAUGGUGAUAUCUUUGGCGAAAGAGCCAUCAGCCAGGCUCUUGAAGCACGUUGUUAGAUGCUACCUGAGGCUCACGGAUAAUCCAAGGGCAUGCGAAGCUUUGCGACAAUGUCUUCCGGAUCAACUGCGCGAUGCCACUUUUGCUGAAUGCCUUCGUGAGGACAAAUCUACGAAACAUUGGCUGUCGAUAUUGCUGAAGAAUCUCGAACCGGGAGCGUCUGCACCGCAGGAUCCUCGACAAAUGGGCAUUUCUCCACUCAAUGCGUAAAUUUAACAAAAAAAAAACACAAAUGGGGCGUUGAAGGGAAAUUGUGAGGAUUUUUUUUAAACCCCCUGGCGCUGACAUAACACCGAAUAUAACACGCUUGUCGAAAAAUAAGGAUUUCUCUGUAUACAUUAUAUAUUUUUGUACGUUUUUUGUCUAUCCAUUGAUUGAGAGAGAGAGAGAGGGAGAGAGAGAGAGAAAGAGAAAAGAAGUGAAGUGUAAAUUAAUUAAAAAUAAGCGGAAUGUUGUGUGGCAGAGUCCACAAAUGUCCAUCGAAUGCAAAAGAUUUAGGGAUUGCUAAAUUGAUUGAUUCCAGACACUUACAUCCGGCGAUGUGAAUGAUAACAAGAAAAGAUAAACAAAGAAAAGAAAAUUAAUCAAUUUGAAUUAUGUUAGAUAUUUGUUCGUUUUUUUUUAUGUGUAAUGUGUAAAUUUGCUCAAGAAUUUUUGCGAGGACAAAUUUUCAUUUAAGUAAGUUCAAAAAAAAAAAAAAGAUUAUGGCUAGUCAUAGCACAGAAAAUUGACAAUGGAUGCUUUUUUGUGUUAGGAAGAGGGGCACUAUUGGAAGUGAGAGAAACAGAAAAAAAAAUAAAAAUCUCAUCGAUAUUUUGUCUAUUUUUUCCCCAUUUUGAAAAAUUGUGUGUUCAUCCCCGUUUUUUGUCUUAAUUUCUCUACCAAAAUAAUAAUGAUAAAAAAAAUUAACACAAGAAUAAAGCAUUAUUGAAAUCCGUUUAAUAAGAAUUUUACAAUAUUUAGAAAGAAGAGUGGAAUAUAGAGAAAUGUUGCACUUUUGUGAGACUGCAUUAAAAUUUGAUAAUGUACUUGUACCUAAAGAAAAGUAAAAAAAAAAUGAAGAAAACUUCAGAGCCACAAAAUUAUCUUUAGACAAAAGAAAAUGAUAAAUUAGGUGAAAAAUUUGGCAAAUUAGUAAAUAUUGAGAAAAAAAGAGUUUAAUUUAAAAUUAAAAAAAACAUACCAUAAUGUAUAAGAGAUUAAAAAAAAAGUCCAUUUCAUAUUGGAAAUUGAGGAAUUUAAUAAAGAAAUUAAAAAAAAAACAACUACUUAAUAAUAAAAAUGUUUUUAUUAUUUUUAUAUCUGAAGAAAAAUGGAAGAAACAAAAAUUACAAAAAAAAAAUCAUGAAAUCAUGAGAUAAAAAAAACACUAAAAAAGGUAUACUUAAGACAAUUUGUAGAUUUGUAGAGAUUACAAGUGAAAUACUUUUGACUAAUUCUAGUUGUCUUGAGAAAAGUGCUUCUAUCAAAUAUUUCCUGUUUCUUAUGUUUGUUAAUAAAUUGUAAGAUAGCAUUUUGUUCAGUGUAGUUGCUGCAGCAAAACUCUUUCCCAAAAAUCCAUUUGGAGAAUGAGGAGAUUUUGGCUGGGCGAAAUACUGCAAAUUUAGUGAUCAAUAAAAAGAAAUAUCCUUGUGAAUUUAUGAAGAAUUUAAUAAAACAAUGGUUAAAUCAAAACAAUAGAUGAUAGAACUGACUAAUAAUAACAUUAAUGCUGAAAUAUUUCUGCAUUCGUGAAAAAUCUGUUGAUUUUUUUCCGGUUAGUGGCAAGUGGGGCUGGAUGGAGAUUUUGUUUUUUAGAGAUUUGCCUGCAAAAUUUUGAAGAUUUUGCAUUUUUUAUCCAUUUUUUUAAUUAAAAUUGGAGUUUGAGAAAAACCUGUUUCUUCCAGAUAUGUCCUUUUUGCAUUAUGCUAAUAUUUUUGAUUCCGAAUAUGUUUAGAUAAUUUUUAUAGUAAAUGCAUGAAAAUAACGAAAUUUUUGCAUUGCCAAAAUUGAGUUUUUUGAAAAAUUGUUAUAAAAAAAAAAGAAGAUGGGCUGUUAAGGGGUUACGUGGAUCAAAAAGACUGGAAAACAUUUUAUUUUAUCGAAUUUUUGUAUUCGACAUAAUUUUUUUAAGUUCGUAAGCAUAAAAAAGUAGAAGAUUUAAGCAAUAUUUUCUGAAAUUUUCAUUUAAAAAUCUUGAAAAUUCAGCCGUUGGGAUCUGUUUUUCGAGGACUUUUUUUUUGGAAAAAAAAAACUUCCGUGGACUAGGUUUCUCAAGAGUAUCUGACGUCAAAAAACUUAAUAUUUCCUGUUAGCAGCUGAUGAGUUAAACUCGUACUUGAACGAUACAUUUUUCAGUCUUCUAACCCACCUAAAAUUCAAACAGUAAGAUAUAUCGACUUCUGGUUUUCAAUUCCGGAAGUCCUAAAGUCAGGGGCAUGACAUUUCCUAUGUUUCACAUAUGUUUCUAUCGCGCCGAAAAAACUUUUGGUUUUAUUAGCUGUUUUCUGUCUGUGUAGAAUGAAUUAGCAAAAAAUGUAAAUGCAAAAUAAAAGCCAACUUAAUAUUGAAUAGGCAACCGAAAACCCUAAAUUGGCAACUUACGUAGUUUUGGAGAUAUCUCAUGACAUGUGUACGAAAACAGGGAAAAAUUUACACUAAAAUCGGUUGCAUUUUUCAAACCUAAUGUCACCCCCUGGCUAAAAUCCGUCAAAAAUGAGGUUUUUCAAACUUCUCAAAAUUUUUGUUGAGCUGAACACUUCAUCUUUAUAUGGGUUUCAGACCUAAGGUUUGGCCAUAUGGCUUAAUGCGUUUAAUUCUUUAUCAGGAUAGAUUUUUGAGUAAGUUGUUUAGGUUGGAUAUUACGGGAAAAUUAUCCAUCAGAUUUUGAAAAAUAAGGAAGUGUUUGUUAUUUACAUUUUUAAGACCUUCGAGAACUGGACUAAACCUCUAGUCUGAACCCGGCAUUAGACACAUUUCACCGGUUAAAUCGCUAUCCAGAGUUAUUUAAGGACAAAGACCUAUCACUCGAUUUGGUCAAAUAAUUUAUUAAAAUAAGAUUUUUAAAGAUACCCUCUUACUAAACCAUUUUCAAUUUCGAAAUGAUUUUAUGAUGAUUUAUUGACACAUUUAAAUUAACAUUAAUCCUAUAUGCAUCCAAAAACCUUGCGAAAAGAAUAUAAGGCAGAGCCCCAUCUCGGGAGUUCGAGCAGCUCGCAAAGCCUUGGACGCUUUCCCACUUUUUUUUAGGCUUGGACGCUUUUUAAAAUUAAAUGUGCAUUUUUGGCGGAAUUUAUAUAUAUAUAUAUAAAAUACAAUUUUCGGCUUAUUUUACCUCACGUUUUGUCUUGUAAAUGAAAUUAUGAUCAAGGUAAAAAAAAUCGUUCGUCCAAGUACAAGUUUAAUCCUUUAAGGACGAGAAAGUUUAAAAUUGGGGUUAAACAGAAAACAAUAUUUUGUAAAAUUGUUCGUAAAUGUUUGUGAAAUCCUAUGGCAGACUUGCGAAAUGUUCGUGAAUCGUAUAACCCACAAACAAGUUCGUAAAAUUUUGUACUUUUUCACAAACAUUGUUCGUAAAAUGAUCAUUUGACGAACAUUUUUUGUACUUUUACAAAUAAUUGUUCGUGAAUGUUUGUAAACACACAAAAAAUGUUCGUAAAACUUUGUCAUUUGUUCGUAAAUUUUUGCCAGACAAACAAAAAUUUACGAAGAAAUACGAACAAAUGACAAAAUUUUACGAACAAAUGUUUGUGAAAAAAGUACUAAAUUUUACGAACUUGUUUGUGGAUUAUAUGAUUCACGAGCAUUUCGUAAGUCCCCCAUAGGAUUUCACAAAUAUUUACGAAGAAUUUUACAAGAUAUUUUUUUUCUGUGUAAGAAAAACUUUUUUCCGCCUUUUUGAGCGAUACAUGACUUUAGAUGGCCGUAGGAAAAAUUUAAUUUUUGGGUCACCAGUGACCCAAUCGUCCUUACAGAGUUAACCAACAACUCUAGGAAUUGCUAAUUUAACUUAGCAGGUAACAGGAAAUUAUUUAGUUUUUUGACGUCAGUUAAAUGUGAGAAAUCUUGUCCACAGAGAAUUUCAUAAAUCAUUUAGAAAAAUCAGAUCUCAAGGGCAGAAUUUAUAUCAUUUUUAAAUGAAAAUUUCAUAAAAUAUAGUUAAAAUAUUGUGUCUUUACAAUGCUUAAGAGCUCGAAUUAUUUUCUAAAAUUAUGUUGAAAACAAAUGUCAAGGAAAUAUGCUGUUUUUUUAGUCUGCGUGACACACAUAACCCCUUAAAGUGGAUGUCCUGGGUCUAUAUAUGGGAUAUGUGAUUGAAAAUGAUGGUGAUGAUAAAAUAAAAAAAAGGGUAAAACAAUUACACGAAUGUUGACCUCAAUUCUAAAACCAAAAUCAAAUCCAAGAAUUUUUUGAGAAUCUCGCGAUAAAAAUUAAAUUAAAUAUUAGAAGAAAAAAUAAAAGUAGAACAAUUAGAUUUCAAUUCAAGUAAAGUAAUUCUCUUACGUAGAAAGUUAGUAAUGUGAGUGAGGUUAUGUUAAAUGAAUCUUCUAUCUAAAAUUUGAGGUUGUCUAUGACAUAACCUCAAAAAAGAACAUCAACUUAUUUUUUUUUUUUCUAAAUUCGGUUUAAUUUGAAAUUUACUCAAAGCAAAAAUCUGCGAUAAAUUGUUACACAAUUUAAGAAAAGGAUCCUUAAAUAUAAAAAAGCCAGAGUUGAUUUUUUACGUUUGGUUAGGUUUUAACCUACAUUAAAAUUAGGAUUAAAAUAGACCUGAUAGUGGCAGCGUUAAAAUACUGAAGAGAAAUUCAUAAAGAUGACGGGUUUAUUUUACACCACACAAAAUUACUAUUUUAAUUUUUUAGUUUUUAACCUUUUAUUCUGCAAAUGGGAAGUAGGGCUAAUGUAAGCAAAUAUUUUCAACAAAUUUGUCCGUUUGGCACACCAACACAGCGAUUGUUUUAAAUAUGAUUUAAGGUUAAUUUUUAUCAUAAAGAAAUACCGAUUCUAACCUUGUAAUUUUUCAACCAACUGCUGAAAUAGGAAAAUAGAUCCAGAAUCUGGAAAAUUACCUAAUUUUGAUCUUGGCAUUGUAUUUCUUUUUUUUUAGAAAUCAGCUUCUUGUAUAAUAUAUUUAGACACUUGAUUAAAUUUAUUUUCUAAAAAACCACACAAUCCUGAAUCUUUGAGAUCACGUAUUAAUCUUGAGUCCUAAAUUUUGUUAUUUUAAUCCACACAGAAAAAAGUAUUUCCUAAAUCGUUGUGAAUUCCUACUGGGGCUGACGAAAUGCUCGUAACUGAAUCCAAUAAAAAGUUUGUAUUUUUUCACAAACAUUGUUCGUAACAUUAUCACUUGACGUGAACAUUUGUUGGUAAAUAUUCGUAAAUAUUUAUCAUUUGUUCGUAAGUUUUUGCCAGACAAUUCAAAAUGUACGAAAAAUGGUUUGUAAAAGAACAAAAAAUGCUUGCAAAGUAAUCAUGUUACGAACCAAGUGAAAGAGUAACGUAUUUUUAUGAAUUUUUUGUGAUUUUUUUUAAAUAUGGAUUUUUUUUAGUUUCUUAGAAUAGAAUGUCUCCGAAAUUUUGCUUUUUUCACUGAAUAAUAAUAUUAAUUAUGUUGAAAUCACUUAUUUUCUACAGCUUUUAAAUGCAGAAAAUUAAAUUUAAGAGAGUUUUUUUUAAGUUUUAUAAAAUCGAAAUAGAAGAUAACAUGUUUAUAAUUUUUCAUGUUUAUGAAACACAUCCUCUGAUUGGCUGGAACUUGAAAGCUAAAUAAGACUUUAGCCAAUCAGAAAAGGUGAUAGGAAUUUGUGAGAAAAAGCUGAUAAGGUAUUGAUAUGAACAAAUAUUUCAUUUACAUUGGGAAGAUAAUGCUUAUAUAGCCUAACUAAAUAAUCUUCUAAAAUGAUUUAUUAUAUUUAUUUUAAUGUCAGUUUUUUCAAAAAUUUGAAUUAUUAAAAGUUUUUUUUUUAGAAAACUGAAAUAUUUUUUAGCUUUCUGCUGGCUAAUUUCCUUUUAGAAGAAUCGUGUAAAAAUGAAGUAACUUCAGAAACUAAAUUUUUGUGCAUGAUGAAAGAUUUUCGCAAAAGAAAUUAAAAAUAUUGAAAUCAACAAAAAUAUUUUUUGUGGAGUUUGUAUGGUUUUAUGGGUUUUAUGGUGAGCUUUCUUAAUAAAAUCACUCCUAUUCGAAGUAUCAGAAAGAAGAAUGGAACGACUUAAGGAUGGGAUGAGUACCUUUUUUUAUUAUAUCAUGACCACUCAUUAUCAUAAUUUUAUCGUAAUUAUCAUAACUGAAAGUAUCAUAAUUGUGAAUUGAAAAUUAUAAAAUUAAUCUUAUAUUUCAAUUUCAAAGAAUCUAAUGCAAAUCUGAACGUAUUUUGUUGCUAGAACUAAAGGCCUCUCUACACAUUGACAGCAAUUUUCGUGUAUUGCAUUUUUGACAGAAUUUUGACGUUUCCACCUACAGCGCAUUGUAUGAAAUUUUCUUCAAAAACGCAAUUUUUGACGAAAUUUCCGCUCAAUGUGUAGAGGCCUUAAAAGAGAAUGCAAUUAAUUUGUGUUGUUCUAAUUUAUUUAAAUUUUUAUUUUGGAAAAUUAUUGUUUUAUUGCCUAAAACGACGUUACCGACUAUACGUAAAUUAUCAUCAAUUAAUAUUUUAAUUAAAAAAUAGACAAAUGAUGGCACAUUAUGACACAUUUCGUUGGAAAAAACAAAACUCUUCCUACGAAAUUGCAUUUUAUUUUUAUUGCAACGUAUUUAUAAAAUUUACCUAAAAAAUACCUUUAAUUUUUUAUAUAGUAAAUAUCAGCCAAUAAAAAUGGAAUUAAUCUGCGAAAGCUUGCUUGCAAAAUAUAACAAUAUUAGACAUGGGUUUAAGGAUCUCUUAAGCACCAGACAGCCUCAAUUGUCCCUAAUAUUAUUUUACUGUAAUAUUAAAAAAAAAAGAAAAAUAGUGAUUUAAUAUCUUGUGUAAUGAUUUUGUAUGUUGAUUUUUCUUGAGUUUGUUUUGUAUUUUUCCUUGAGAAAAAUUUUGUGGAUCAAUUCCCAAAAAUUCUCUGAGUUACAAUCUUUUUUUUGUGGCCUCAAAUUAAAUUUACACAAUAAAUACUAAUUAUAAGUGUAAGAAAAAGAAUAUUUAGUACAGUGGAUGAAAAAAUGUAUAAUUAAUGAUAAAAAUGCAGAUUAAACAUGAUAAUAAAUCUGAAUGAUGUUCUUGCAAAUUGAC